AUGAGCGCCCGUCGGGCACACGGACCUACGCAGAAGCACCGCGCUGCACCGUAUGACGACGCGCCACCGACCAACCUCAAGUUCAUGUCCAACAGCGAGCGCGGUAAAUAUUACCGACGCAGACGCAAACACUACGGCCAGCACCUGGAGACGUGCGUGGCCGAUCUGCGCGAGGAGAUCGCGGCCUUGACGAUCUCGCGCCAGGUGCAGCAGGAGCUGGUGCUGUCGCAGCGACGCACACCAUUGGGCGCUGCUGCCCACGUUGUGGAUGAAUAUUGUUCGCUGUUCAGCCACGGCGCGCCCGUGCGUCUGACUGUGGACGAACAGAAUGCGUCGGCGUCGCUCGUGGCGCAGGCCACCAACGCUCAGCGAGGGUUCUUGAGUGCCGUGAUGAACGACAACGUGCGGUUCGGCGAGUUCCUUGGCGUGGAGCUGCUGCUGGGCCAGUGGGAGCGCUACUCGCUGUAUCAUGCAGCCAUCGAUUGGAAAAUGACCUCGUUGAACAUCGUGCAGCUGGCCGAGCCGCGAGUUUUGACUGUAGACAACCGCCACGACGAGGGGCCGCUAGUGGUGUCAAUCACGGCGGACUUGCGCGUGCGGUUCUCGCGUCGAACGAUCGAGGAAGUAUUUCUACAUUUGGUCGGGGACGAGGCGCUGACACAGUCGCUGAUAGGGCUGGAGGUGACGUAUCCGUGCGUUAACCACUUCCAUUUCAACGAGCAAGGCAAGAUCGAAAAGACCAUAUGA